GAGUAUAGCGGCGGAGGGCCCUCCCUUGGGAGAUGCAGCGGGAGGCGGGGCCGCAGGUGGCCACCCCGCUAUACCUGCACCAGAUCCAGCAGCGCCCGCCCCAUGCCGCGCCCUCACCCAACAAGCGCGCCAACCCGUGGCCCGCCGCCACCGACCCGUCGCACACCACGGCCUUACCCACCGCCGCCGGCGCCGCCGCCGGCGAAGCGAACUGGAACCCCCGGAUGUGGGACUGGGACAGCCGCGCCUUCACCGCCAGGCCCUCCUCCGACGCGCUCCGCCUCGCCGCCGGGCACCAACAACACCACCACCACCACCACCCGCCUGCCGCCGACGCGCAGCGCCAGCUGAGCCUGCAGCUGGGCCUGCGGGAGGAGGCGGCGGCGCUGGCGAUGGACGUGAGCCCGACCACCACCAUCUCCUCCUCCUCGCCUUCUCCGCCCGCGCGGGCGGCGGCGGCGCAGGAGCAGGCCGCCAGGCCUGCCAAGCGGGUCCGCUCCGGAUCGCCCGGGACUACUGGUUCGGGAGGCGACGGAGGCGGAGCUAGCGCUAACGGGGGCGGCGGCGGCGGGAGCUACCCGAUGUGCCAGGUGGACGAGUGCCGCGCGGAUCUCACCACAGCCAAGGACUACCACAGGAGGCACAAGGUCUGCGAGGCGCACAGCAAGACCACCAAGGCCGUCGUCGGCAGCCAGAUGCAGCGGUUCUGCCAGCAGUGCAGCAGGUUCCACCCGCUCUCGGAGUUCGACGAGGGCAAGAGGAGCUGCAGGAGGAGGCUCGCCGGCCACAACCGGCGGCGAAGGAAGACCCAGCCGACGGACGGCGCCUCGCAGCUGCUGCUGCCCGAGAACCAGGAAAAUGCGGCGAACCGGACGCAGGACAUCGUCAACCUCAUAACCGUCAUCGCACGCCUGCAAGGUGGUAAUGUCGGUAAACUGCCUACCAUCCCUCCCUUGCCGGAUAAAGAGAACAUCGUCCAGAUUAUAAGCAAAAUCAACUCGAUAAGUAAUGCAAACCCUCCUCCGGGAAAGUCUCCUCCGUCGGAAGUCAUCGAUUUGAACGCCUCGCAUGGGCCGCAGCAGAAUUCCGGUCAGAAGGCAGCAGAUGCGACCGACAAGCAAAAUGUGCCGUCGACCAUGGACUUGCUAACGGUUCUGUCAGGCGCCCUUGGGGCUUCGACUCCGGAGACCAAUACGUCUCAGUCACAGGGGAGCAGCGACAGCAGCGGUAACAACAAGAGCAAGAGUCGUUCGACAGAGCCAGCGUGUGUUGUAAAUUCUCAUGAAGAAGCAAUCCGAUCAUUCCCUGCAGCCGGUAUGAUGAGGAGCAACAGCACACAUGGAAGUCCAGACCGGGAGCCAUACUUGUCACUGCAAUUGUUUGGUAACAAUAUCGAGGGUAUUCCUGCCAAGAUGGACACCGCAAACAAGUACCUGUCUUCUGAGAGCAGUAACCCUAUGGAUGAGAGAUCCCCGUCAUCCUCUCCGCCUGUAACCCACACGUUUUUCCCCACCCGUCCGGUAAACGAAGGCGCUAGGCAUCCUCGUGCCGCGGACUAUGGGGAAGACGCUGCAACUGUUGAGAACAGUACCACUCGGGCAUGGUUUGCACAACCACAACUCGAGCUUUUCAAGGAUUCGGAAAGGCCAACAGACAAUGGGUCACCGCCAAACCCCACAUACCAGUCAUGUUAUGCUUCGACAUCUGGUUCAGACCAUUCACCAUCAACAUCAAAUUCAGAUGGGCAGGACCGUACUGGUAGGAUUAUAUUCAAGCUCUUUGGCAAGGAACCUGGUUCGAUUCCUGGAAACCUCCGUGAUGAGGUUGUAAAUUGGCUGAAACACAGCCCCACUGAAAUGGAGGGUUACAUUCGCCCUGGUUGCCUUGUACUGUCCAUGUAUCUGUCAAUGCCAGCUAUUGCUUGGGAUGAACUUGAAGAAAAUUUCCUCCGGCGAGUAAGCUCAUUAGUUCGGGAUUCUGAUUUGGAUUUCUGGAGAGAAGGAAGGUUUUUAGUUCGAACUGAUAAUCAGUUGGUGACAUACAAAGAUGGAAUGACCCGCAUAUCAAAAUCAUGGAGAGCAUGGAAUACCCCUGAGUUGACACUUGUGACACCGAUUGCGGUUGUUGGUGGGAGGAAGACAUCCCUCGUUCUUAAGGGCCGAAAUCUAACAAUCCCGGGCACCCAGAUCCACUGUACUAGUACAGGAAAGUAUAUAUCAAAAGAGGUGCUAUGCUCGGCGUAUCCGGGUACUAUAUAUGAUGAUUCAGGUCUCGAGACCUUUGACCUACCGGGAGAACCAAAUCUUAUUCUUGGGCGUUGCUUUAUUGAGGUUGAGAACAGGUUCAGAGGGAACAGCUUCCCUGUUAUUUUUGCGAGUUCGAGCGUUUGUCAGGAGUUGAGAAACCUUGAAGCUGAGCUUGAAGAUUCACAGUAUCAUGAUGUCUCUUCAGAUGAUCUGGUUCACGAUGUUAGGCGGUUAAAGCUCAGGGAGCAAGUUCUGUAUUUCCUUAAUGAGCUCGGCUGGCUCUUCCAGAAAGCUGCCUCUUAUACACCUUCCACCAAAUCAGAUGCUUCUGAUUCGGAGGUCAUUCAGUUCUCGACUGCACGAUUUAGACACCUUCUGCUGUUUUCAAAUGAGCGGGACUGGUGCUCCCUUACUAAAACACUGCUAGAUAUUCUUUCCAAGAGAAGUCUGGUUAGUGCUGAACUAUCGCAGGAGACUCUAGAAAUGCUCUCGGAGAUUCAUCUUCUGAACAGAGCAGUGAAGAGGAAGAGCAGUGGCAUGGUGCAUUUGCUUGUGCACUUUGUUGUGAUUUGCCCUGAUAAUUCCAAGAUGUACCCCUUCCUUCCAAUUCAUCCUGGCCCAGGUGGUUUGACUCCAUUGCAUCUAGCUGCAUCCAUUGAUGAUGCAGAGGAUAUAGUUGAUGCCUUGACAGAUGAUCCUCAACAGAUCGGUUUGAGCUGCUGGCACUCAGUAGUAGAUGAUAAUGGGCAGUCUCCUGAAGCCUACGCGAAGUUGAGGAACAAUGAUUCGUACAAUGAACUUGUGGCACAAAAGCUUGUGGACAGGAAAAAUAGCCAGGUUAGCAUUAAGCUGAAUGAAGGGGAAAUUCGUAUGGAUCAACGAGGAAAUGUUGGUGACAAGAGUGCAUCUGGGAUCAAUGCGUUGGAAAUAAGAUCUUGCAACCAGUGCGCCAUCUUGGAGUCUGGCUUGCUGGCUCGCCCUAUGCAUUCCCGAGGAUUGCUGGCUCGCCCCUAUAUCCAUUCGAUGCUUGCCAUAGCAGCAGUGUGUGUCUGUGUCUGCGUGUUUAUGCGGGCUUUGCUGCGGUUCAAUUCUGGUAGGUCCUUCAAGUGGGAGAGGCUGGCUUAUGGUCCUACAUAGAUCUUUGAGGAAGCCUUAUUGCAUAGCCAGAGGUGGUGUUAUAAAGGGAAGGAAAACUUACAAGAACCAGAGGGGGGAUAUGGAACUAGAUAGCUUUUAACUGUUCCAAUCUCCUUCCCAUGGAACGGACGGUGAAAUGUAAUAUUUAUAAGGAUAAAAAGCCUUCCGCGGUUGGUGCUGCACUUUUAAGGUGAGCUGAGAAUCAAGAGAAAGAAGGUAUCUCGAACCCUGCCAAAAGAUAAGCUUGGGCAGAGUUGGCACAUAGUUUUUGUGAUAAGGAUGGUAUGAGCGAGUGGUUUUCAACAAAGAUAAGGUGGAUGCAACAAUAGCAAGCAGUAAGUAACCUUUGAUUUCCUUUUUUUUCGCUGGUGUAAGUGUGAAUCCGCGGCUUCAUGUAUCAUAAGAUGGUCUUUUAUUUAUGCUGAUCUUUGCUCUUACUACUA